AUGAAUGUGCUAACAUCUCACACUCAUUUGCACAUGCGCCGCUCCUGUUGUAUGGCGACUGCGCGCGGAUGUUUGGGAAAUAUCCGCACAAGUGAUGUUUCCACACGCCGUUGCAAAGGGGAUUAUGGUUUUAACAUUUUUCACAACUCCAACCCUCAGCAUGGGGCCUCUUACGCCCGUCAUGAGCGGAGGAUGCGGGAAGAUGAAGUGGAGGAUUUUCUGAAAAGCGUGAAAGGUUGGGUGCCGGUGGAUGAAUGUUUUCCGUGUGUUGAUGCCGAUGCCGAUGCUGAAGGAGCUGAUGCUCGAAAAGAAGAAAAAGAAGAAAUGGGUCCCGCCCCACUGACCAUUUUUACCGGUGAGGGGGCGCUAAAGCGCGAUUUUGAUUUCGCUAAUUUUCGCGACGCGUAUCUUUUCAUGGGCCGUCUGUGGGCCUUUUGUUACGGAAGCGACAAGUACCCAAACGUAACUUGGGAAGGGACGAGGAUAACGGUAUAUAUUUAUUCGCCAUCUUUCCGGGGUCUCAGUAAACGUGAGGCUCGUCUCGCCGCCUUUUUGAACGAUCAAUACAACAUGUUUAAGAAAAGCAAACGGCAACAAAAGGUAAUCAUUGAUGGAGUGGUUAAACGUUCCGUAAUUGAGGAUAUGAUGGGUGAAUGUGUGGCGGAAGCGUUGAAGCGUCGCGAGGAGGAACGCCAGAAGCCACUCGCGGAAACUGUAGAGGGCAUAGCAACUUCAUGGGAAGCUGUUCUUUCAAAAGACGGUAAUAACAAUAAUAAUGACGGAACUCCUUCUUCUUGCACAUCCCCGUAA